CAUGCUUUGCGCGGCGCUGGAGUCGAAGGUGACACGAAAGGAAGAGAAAGGAGACCGCCGAGUCAAACAGAGCGGAGAAGGAGAAGGAGGAGAAUGGCCUCCGCGUACCUCAGUCACCAGCAGAAAGUGCUGCGACUCUACAAGAAAUCCCUUAGACACAUCGAGUCGUGGUGUAUCUUUCGUGACAAGUACCGCUUCUACGCGUGCCUGCUGCGCGCCCGCUUCGACGAGAACAAGAACGAGAAGGACAUGAUGAAGGCCACCAUGCUGCUGAAAGCGGGAGAGGAGGAGUUCUGGGACAAGCAGCAUCCGCAGCCCUACAUCUUCCCCGACUCCCCCGGCGGAACUUCCUACGAGCGCUACGAAUGCUACAAGACGCCCGAGUGGGUCCUGGAUCAUUGGCACCCGUCCGAGAAGGCCAUGUACCCCGACUACUUCGCCAAGAGGGAGCAGUGGAAGAAGCUGAGGGCGCUCAGCUGGGAUAAAGAGGUGGCUCAGCUGCAGGCCGAGACUCCGGCCGAUGGGCCCAAGUCGGAAGCCCUCCCCCCGGCCCGCACGGAGGGCGACCUGCCGCCUCUGUGGUGGCAGUACGUCACCCGCCCAAGGGAGCGCCCAACAUAAACGCCCCAGCUCUCGCCCCCACCCGCUGUUGAAUUAGUGUCCGGAAGAACGUUUGACUUUGUCCAGAGGUUCACGUUUGUUGGCCAAGACGACCACCCGAUCCCCUUUGGAUGGAACUUGUAGGUGCGUGACUUAUUACCUGACACCAUAACAGUAAAUAAACACAUGAAGAAAAAAAAUGUG